AUGAUAGAAUUACCUAAUGAAAAUGAAGAAGAAGAAGAAGAGGAAGAAGAUGUCGAAGAAGUAGAGGUUGAAGAUGAGGAAAAUGAUGAUGAUGAUGAUGAUGAUAACGAUAAUGAUGAUAAUGAUGAUGAUGAUGAUGAUGAAAGUGAAGAAAUGGAAGAUGGAAGUGAAAAUGAGCAGCAUGAAGGUUUCAACAAUGUUGACAAUGAAAUGAUAAAAGUUGACAAGGAAUGUGAAGGAAUGACAGAAGCAACGAAAGCAGUUCUUACAGCAAAGAAACGUCAAGAAGAGGAAUAUCGUUUACAAUAUGAAGCACGUCGAAAAGAGGAACGUGAACGAGUGGAACAAGAAUUAAGAAGUUUACGUGAAAAACAAGAGAGACGUCGACGUGAACGUGAACAAGAAGAAAAAGAAUUAGCCGAGAAAAUACGCUUAGCUGAGGAAAAACAUCGUCAAGAAGAAGAAGAAAGUAAAGCUCGAAUAGAAGCACAAAAACGGAAACGUGAAGAAGAGCGGUGUAAAAAACAAGCAAUGCUUGCCGGUUCAUUAGCUGGUAUUGUUUCAUCCGGUAAUAAUGGUAAUCCUAAUUUUAUCAUUCAAAAAUCGGAAAAAUCAGAACGAUAUAAAAAUGAUAAAGGAAGAGAAGAGAAGCAAGAAGCUAAACGUGCUUAUAUGGCAACAGUAAAUCAGAAACCGGAUAUUUCCCAUUUAUUGAUUAAUGAUUUAAAAAUUGAAAUUUGUCAAUUACAUUCACGUAUUUGCAAAUUGGAAGCACUCAAGUAUGAUCUUGAAAAACGACAUGAACGACAACUUUAUGAUUUGAAAGAAUUACAUGAACGUGAAAAACAAGUAGCACGACAUCGUGCACUUCAACGAGGACUUGAUCCUAAUGAAGCAGCAGCAUCACCACAUCCUCCAAAGAUUAAUGUCGCAUCAAAAUUUGAUCGUCAAUUCGAUCGGCGAUCAUACGGUGAUCGUCGAAUAAUAUUCGAAAAACCACCCGUUGAAAAACCACCAUCGAUUGUACAUGGUACCGCACGACCACCACCAGAAUGGGGACGUACAGAAAAUGAAGAAUUGGAACAACUUCGAAAAAUUAUCGAACCACGCAAAUAUGUGGAAGAAAUAAAAGUGACAAAUGUUCGACCACCCAUUGAACCCAUUCCAUUAUCAUUACCACAAAUGGAUUGA